CGCGCGCGACACCCGGAAGCCAACGACCGAGCCAACGUUGGGCCUGGGUAGGUGUCAUGGCGGUGAUCCCCGAGAGCGGCCACGGCGACGAGGUUCGUCGGUCGCGAGCCUCGCCCACCGGCAGCGACCCGGGACGCGCGGCCGACUACGCGGGACCGGCAGGGUAGAGGAGGAGUCGUCGAUGAGGACCAAUUUCAUCCCGCGCCUCCACCCCCUGGGAGUCCUCCGGCGAGACCCCGAAGUCGCCCGGACCGCCCAACCGAAAUCCGUGGCCAGCCGGCGAGGAGGACGUCGCCGGCAUCUCCGGAGGCGAAGCUCGAGGCCGAGGUAUCCCCGUGACUUCUCCACCCUCGAGAGCGGCGGCGACUCCGGGGCCGUUUCCCUCGUGGUCGUCCCCGGCGGGGGCCGAAGGGGGUGGGAAUUAAUUUGCGGAAGCGAGCACGGAUCGAUGCGUCGAUAGCGGCCGGUUCCGGAGCCCUCGGAGGCGAGAGAGGGCCCAAGGGACGACCCGGUGCUCCGAGCGGCCGAGGAAGGGGAGGUCGCGGAAUCGCAGGAGGUGCAGCGGCCGGUGGACGAGGUACGAUGGGCUGCAGGGUGGUAGCCGACAAGGGGAGCGGCAGUGGGAACGUAGCAGCGUCGUCGUCGUCGAGGAAGGAGGCGUCUUCGGCCAGGUUGGCCGGAGAGGAGGGCGAGGCCGAGGAGGAGGGGGAGGCGGCGCCUUGGGGCCCCCCCGUGACGAAGCCAAGAUGCAGCGACUGCGCUCGACCUUCAAGCGGUCGCGCACCCCCACGGGGGCGGAGAUGAAGUCGCAGUCGAGUCUGGAGGUACCCAAGCAGGUCAGGUCGGCGUCCUUCGACGAGAUCCAGCUGGAGGCCAAGAGGCGAGACGAGACGGGCCCGGGGGCGAGGGCCCCGGAGCCGAGGGCCUCCUCGUCCUCGUCCUCGUCGUGCUCGCCGGCCAGGUCCCAUCGAGACGCCGGCGCCACCCGGAGGCUGACCACCCUGAGAGUGCCGCAGCUGCAAGGCCAGCAGCGCUCGCGCAGCUUCGACGUCAGCGAGCGGCGCCUCCCCCGCGGGUCCCCUGGAUCCCCCGGGUCGCCCGGACCCCUUGGGGCCCUCGGCGGUCCCGGGGGGACCGGCGGCCUCUCGGGGGCCCCGACGAUCCAGCUCUCCGGUUGCUAUCACUGUGCCUGCGUCGAGGAGUAUCGCGGCCUGCACGAGAGCCGCGGCGAGGACUCACCCUCCGGCUCCGAGGAGGACGGGGACUCUCGGGGAGCGGGAGGAGGAGAGGUCGAGGCGGAGGCCGGAACCAGCGAGGAGGACGGGGACUCGUCGAGGGACCGCAGCCCGGAGAUCAGGGUUACUCUGACGCCCUCGGGCGAGAACACCGUCCUCGCCCUCGACGAGGCCUCCUCCGGGGGCGCCGAGGACGAGGCCGAGGCCUCGAGCCGCCAUCGGCCCAGGAGGAGGUCCGUCUCCUCGCCGAAGCUGGCCCGACAGGAGGCCCUCGACUUCCUCCAGAGCUUCGGGCCCAGGGACGACGACGACGAGGAGGAGGAGGAGGCUGAAGCGGAGGAGGACGACGACGAGGAGGAGCUGGAGCGGCGGCGGAACGGGCUGGUGGUGCGCGACAUCUUCCUGACGGUCCCGGACCCGAAGAGGGACCGCGCGGCUUCCGUCGACUCCUGCUUCGACGGCAACAAGGGGGACAAGGCCGACCGGCAGGACUCCCUCGCCGUGCCCCAGCAGAGCACCCGGUCCAAGAGCGUGGACAUCGUCCUGCCCACGGAGGCCCAGACUAGGUACACGGCCCUUCUGCCGACGAAUGGGUCCCGUUCGUUGAGAGGAGGAAGGGAAGAGGGCGGGCCCAGCGGAACUCCCCGAGAGCCACGAAGUACGCCCGACUGGGGACCGGGGGCGAUCAAUGGAGAACACUUCUGGGUGCCCACCGCAGCCUCCGGGGACUUUUGCUACGUCAACGACUGCUCGAAACACGGGCCAAGGAUGAAGUGCUCGGCCUGCAGGGUGGUGGCCCACGCCCUCUGCGCCGUCAACCUCAAGUUCGCCUGCAAGACCAGCUUCCGGGACGUGGGCGUCCGCCAGUACCGCGAGCAGACCUCGACGCACCACCAUUGGGUCCAUCGGAGGUCCCAGAAGGGCAAGUGCACCAAUUGCGGCAAGUCCUUCCAGUCGAAGCUGAGCUUCGGCUCCAAGGAGAUCGUGGCGGUGAGCUGCAGCUGGUGUAAGGCCGCCUACCACAACAAGGAGUCCUGCUUCAACGUCGAGAGGAUAGGGGAGAACUGCGAGCUCGGGGCCCACGCCUCCAUCGUCGUGCCGCCCUCCUGGAUCGUCAAGCUGCCCCGGAAGGGCAGCUUCAAGAGCAGUCUGCGCAAGUCCCCCCGGCGGAAGGGCACCUCGAAGAAGGCCAAGGAGAAGGAGAAGGAGGACAAGGAGAAGGAGAACAACGAGAAGGAGCAGGAUCGGCUCUGGGUGAUCAAGCCCAUCCCCACAGCCACCGUCACGCCCGUCCUGGUCUUCAUCAACCCCAAGUCCGGCGGCAACCAGGGGGCCAAGCUGCUGCAGAAGUUCCAGUGGCUGCUCAACCCUCGGCAGGUCUUCGACCUGACCCAGGGCGGGCCCAGGAUGGGGUUGGAGCUAUUCAAGAAGGUGCCGAACCUCCGGGUACUGGCGUGCGGAGGCGACGGGACGGUCGGCUGGGUCCUCUCGGUGCUGGACCAGAUCGGGGUGUCGCCCUCUCCGGCCGUGGGGGUCCUGCCCCUCGGCACCGGGAACGACCUGGCCCGGGCCCUGGGAUGGGGCGGUGGGUACACCGACGAGCCCAUCGGCAAGAUCCUGACCAACAUCGGCGACAGCGAGACCACCCUGCUCGACCGGUGGCAGCUGGUCGUCGAGAGGAACCAGGAUGCCCCGAGCGACGACGACGCCGGCAAGGGGAAGGAGAACCUGCCCCUCAACGUGGUCAACAACUACUUCUCCCUCGGCGUGGACGCGCACAUAGCCCUGGAGUUCCACGAGGCGAGAGAGGCCCACCCCGAGAAGUUCAACUCCCGGCUGCGCAACAAGAUGUUCUACGGCCAGAUGGGCGGCAAGGACCUGGUGCGCCGAAAGUGGAAGGACCUCUCCGAGUUCGUCACCCUGCAGUGCGACGACAAGGACCUGACGCCGAAGCUCAAGGAGCACCGGGUACACGCGAUCGUCUUCCUGAACAUAGCCUCCUACGGUGGCGGGACGCACCCCUGGGGGGCGACCAGCGGAACCAAGGAACCUACCACGGAGGACGGCCUCAUCGAGGUCGUGGGGCUGACCACCUACCAGCUGCCCCUCCUGCAGGCGGGCGGCCACGGCACCUGCAUAGCUCAGUGCAGCAAGGCCAAACUCGUCACCACCAGGACCAUCCCCAUGCAGGUCGACGGCGAGGCCUGUCGCCUGCUCCCGUCGGUGAUAACCCUGAGCCUGCUCAACCAGGCGACGAUGCUGGCCAAGAGGCGGAGCACCGGUAAGCCGUAUCGAGACGUCGGGGCCAAGCUGGAGAGGCUGAAGCUGCCGGUGAUGAGGAUCAGGAUGUCCGACUACGAGGCCUAUCACUCGGACAAGGAGAGGCUCAAGAGCGCCGCCGUCUCGUGGACCGCCGAGCCCCUCGACCUGGACGCCGCCACCGACCUGGAGUCCCUUCGGCAGAUCCUCGCCAAGGACCACCCCAUGGACUCUUGCUGCUUCCUGGACUCGUGCACGGCGGAGCGCUUCUUCAGGAUAGACCGGGCUCAGGAGCAGCUCCACUACGUGACCGACGUGGCCGUGGAGGCCGUCUACGUGCUGGAGGAGACUUCCAGCGGGCCGACGUCCGCCGACGCCGACGCGGCCAGCGACAGGCGGGACGCCCAGUCCACCAGGUCCGGCAAGUCGACCUCGAAGGACGAACGCUCCCGGCUGGCCUCGGCUCCUACUCUGAAGCUCAAGUCCGACCGGGACCCCGAGGUCGGCUCGAGGCCUCGGCAGGAGCCCACCGAGCUCAAGGCCGAGGAAGUCCCCGCCAAGGUCCAGGAGGAGCCGAAGCCCCCGCAGCCCGAGCCGCCUCUCAAGGACGAGAUGCCCGAAGAACCCCCUAGACAGAGCUCCUCGAAACCCAUCUCCGCGGUUUCGGAAGUGCAACCGCAGCACCGGCACUCCACCACCUUCAUCAGUCCUAGGGACAGGUUGUUCGGCCUGAGUUCGGAAGUCCACGCGUUCAGCCACGGCCUCCUCGAGAGGACCUCCGACGGAAUCCUGAAGGCCGCCAAGGUCGGCGACCUCCAAGCCCUGAAGGACCUCCAUCAGCGAGGGUACUCGCUCCUCUCCAUCGACGCGACGGGCCAGACGGCUCUCCAUUUCGCUGCCAGGCACGGACACAAGGACGUCGUCAGAUACCUCAUCGCCUGCUCUCCUCCGACCAUCCUCAACAUGGUCGACAACGACAAGGGGCAGACCGCCCUACACAAGGCCGCCCAGCAGAAGCGGCGGUCCAUCUGCUGCAUGCUGGUGGCGGGUGGGGCCACCCUGACGGUGCGCGACCGCCACGGGAACACCCCUCGGCAGUUGGCCCUGAUGGCGGAGGACCGCGACCUCGCCGCGUACCUCUACAGUCAGGAACAAUUCCAGCUAGUCACGGAGGAGGGCGGCGGCGUUCUCUGACACCCUGCCUUGUGCGGCAACGCUUGAGACCAUCGACAGGGCACCCAACGAUUUUAGUCUUAACGAUUAGCUCCAACGAUAAGCAUAAGGGUUCCUCUGAUCGGCCUACGCGUCCGUGCGUCGAUCAGCUCGUGAUAACGCGGAUCUUUCGGUUUAGCUGCUAGUUAAGAGCGCGUCCGCUCUCUACUUCUCUCUCUCUCUCUCUCUGUCUCUCUGUCCCCUCUCUUCCUCUCUCUAUCUCUCUUUCUAUCGAACGAAUUGCGUGUACUUUGACGCCGACCCCGGGGACACCCACCGCGAGGAGGGGAAGGCGAAGAGGAAAGGAUAACCCGGGGCCGAUCUCGAGGCCUUCCGCGAGAUACGUCCUCGGGCGGGAACGGGGAAAGGAGGAGGAAACCUCCUUGGUGGAGGACUGCUCGGAAGCGGGCAGGGAUCAAAAGUAUUAUAUCGCGUCUCAAGUUCCACGGGGUAAGGAGGCGAUCGCGUCGGGAGGGAUACUAGAGACCCCGGGCGCGGUUACGUCUACUUAGAUGUUAAUACGAAAUUCUUAAAAAGAAACUCGGUACCAAAAUGACAAAAAAGGGGAUCAACGUACGAACACCAAUUAGCUCUUAGAAGGCGGUCUACUGCGCUACUGCUCCUGCUGUUACUACUAUCGUUACUCUUAUCGUUACCGCUACUAUUAACGAUGUGACCGUCGUCGCUACCGCUGCCGACGAUUACGGCCCUCCGACUAUUUCCGGGAUAAGCGGAAGUUAGGGGGAUCGACCACUCGCUCGGAUACUCGAGCUCGGCUCGGGAGGGAGACACUUUUUCCUUUCUUUUCUUUUUCUUUUUUCUUAUUUCGGUCAUACGACCGAAUUUAUCGAACAAACUCCGGCCGAGCUCGAGUCCCGAACGGUCCUGCUCUAGUUUCGGUCCAAGAGAUAUGACCUACACUUUUUAGGGCUAAACCAAGGGAAAGGUCACUUUUCCUCGAGAUAUCAUGUAUGGACCUACACUUUUUAGGGCUGAACCAAGGGAAAAGUCACUUUUCCUCGAGAUAUCAUGUAUGCACAUGUAGGUAUACACGGACCUAUAUGUAUAUACACUUGCGACAGGUGUUAGAUUCUAGAUUGGGAAUUUAAUCAUACAGGCAUAUACGUGAAGAUAUAUAUAUGUACAUUUAUAUAUACACACAUAUAUAUAUUUAUACACGCAGAAGCUCUCUCGGCCAGGACGACGCGACCGGGCGAGGGAAUGUCAUGUUCGCGUAUUCGACUCGAAAUACGUACAUACAUGUAUUAAAAAGUAUAUACUGGGUCGAGAUUCGCGUAUUCGGUUCGAAAUACGUAGAUAUAUGUGUUAAAAAGUAUAUACUGGGUCGAGAUUCGAGGGGAGGCGCCAAAGGUCGGGGGCUCUGGUCGAGAGACACCCUGUAGAGGUUUAUGUACAAUGCCUAUAUACCGUGGUUCGAUCCAGAAGGAAAAUGGAAAUUCUCGAAUUGGCGGAUGUCGCGAUCUUUCGAAUAUUCGUUAGAGACUAGGUAGAACCCCGACCGCCCGAGGAAGGCCUCUGGCUACUCCACUUUUUCGACCAAGGGACGAAGGGUUACCAUCUCUCGGGUUUUACCAUCUUUCAUCGAAAGGACACUUUCCUUUGGGAGGGAUCACUAAUGGACCGAGGCAAAGUUCUUAUUUACAACCGAAAAAGAUGGAAAACUGGCGGCAAACGGGAAGGGAGUCGCGGAGGCACUUCCGGUCGGCGCGUCCAGGAGAUUACGAUUUAGAGAGAUACAUAUAUAUAUAUACAUAUAUUCCAGAUGUAAUCAUCGGGCAUCACGAUAACCGCAUAUUACGAUUUUGCACGGUACAAUGAGAGUCAGACCCGAUAAAAGAAAAAAAGAAAGAAAGAAAGAAAAAAAAACAGCGGGCGUUUAUCGAGCACGUAAGCGAGCGUGUCUCCGCGCUCGCGAUUUACUUUAGAUAAGUCGAUUUUAUCGAAGUUUUCGAGUACGAGUACUUAACGAAAAUGCCUUCUACGGUCCACGCUAACGACUAACUUGAAAGAGAGGUCAGAGAGGAUAUCUAUAUACAUAUGCAUACCGAGACGUGUAUAUAUAUGUAUAUAUAUCGAGACGCAAUCGAGGACAGGAUAAAUAAUCCCUCCGUUUUCGGUUAACGAAGGGAGACAGAGGAUAAACGAGGUAGGGAGGCGAAAAGAAAGUAGGAGACGAUACGAGAAAUAUAUAUAUGUAUACAUAUAUGUACGUACAUGCAUAUAUGUGUAUACGGGAGAGAAAAUGAAAACACAGUAUUGCCUUCCUCGUGGAGGGUUUGGCCCGCAAAUUUCUCACGUUACUAGAGCAAUAAAAGGGACAAUCACGACAA